GACACAAUCGCUAACGACUGUAUAUUGACCUGCGCAUGCGCAUUGUGAUGGGGAUUGGCAGGUGUCGUUGAUCUUUAUGUUUCUUACUCAUCAUCCAAGUGUUAUCCACAGAUCAGUGUGGAAGGAAGCUUAUAAAAAAAAAAAAAGAGGUAAUUUUAACAAAGGUCCAGACACAGCAGAGGUACCGUUCAUGUCUACGUCUUUCCAGCUAAGGGAAAGUUGUCAUUGAGUUAUCUUUGGAAGCAUCAAGAUUCUGCCGGCCAUCAUCUAUGAGAGAGAUCUUUGGUGUCUGAGCUGUGAGCAUAACCAAACUCAAUUCAAGAUUUCCAUUAAAAAAAAAGCUGCUUAUGCACAGGCAAGAAUUCUGAAAUAAUCAUGCCUGCCCUUCUGCUGGAGCGGCUUCCAUUGCCAAGUUUCCAAGUCUAUGGUGCAUUUUCAGUGGUCAUGCUGGCUGUUGCUUUACUGUACACACAUCACACAGUUGUUACACUUCAAGAGGCACCCAUUGAUGGAAUAGAAUCUUCAGAAGCAGGGGACUCUUCAGAAAAAACAUUACUUGCAGAUAAUUCAGCUUCCUUAGUCGACAUUUUCCGAGCUGUUAAUCUUUCAUUGCCAUAUGAUCAGUAUAAGCUCAACUUUUUAUAUCUUUUCUCUUCAGAAUCAUGGUGUGUUUGGACAAUUGUGAACAUAGCAUACUGCCUACUGAUUUUGCUGGGCAAGCUUAUUCAAGCCAUUGUAUUUGGAGAGUUGCGUGUCAGUGAACAACAGCACCUGAAGGACAAAUUCUGGAAUUUUGUCUUCUACAAGUUCAUUUUCAUCUUUGGAGUGAUGAAUGUUCAGACCAUGGAAGAAGUGGUUCUAUGGGUGGCUUGGUUUACCUGUCUUGGUUUUCUUCAUCUUCUCACACAGCUCAGCAAGGAUCGCUUUGAAUAUUUGUCAUUUUCUCCUACAACACCACGGAAGGCACAUGCAAAAUUACUGGGGUUGUUAGCCCUGCUGUUGAUGUGUACAGGUGGUCUGCUUGGGGUAUGUGUGUCAGUUGCCUUCAGGUUUGGCAUCACCAUCUUUGCCUUCAUGGCAGCUGAGUGUGUUCUUCUUGGAUUGAAGGCAUCAUAUGUUGUCAUUAGGUAUAUGAUUCACCUAUGGGACUUGAACAUGGAAAGUGUAUGGGAGAAUCGUUCUGUUUACAUAUACUACACUGAACUCAUCUUUGAGCUACUCUCCCUCUUUAUCGACUUUUUCCAUCACCUGCACAUGCUGCUGUGGGGGAAUAUAUUCCUUAGCAUGGCCAGCUUGGUCAUUUGCAUGCAGCUGCGCUACUUGUUUUACGAGUUUCAGCGUCGGGUCAAACGCCACAAGAAUUAUCUACGUGUGGUCAAAAACAUGCAGGCCAGAUUUCCCAUGGCAUCCCAAGAGGACCUGGAACAAAAUGCAGAUGACUGUGCCAUUUGUUGGGAACGAAUGGACUCGGCACGCAAGCUUCCUUGUGGCCAUUUGUUUCAUAAUGCAUGCUUGAGGUCAUGGCUGGAACAGGACACUUCCUGCCCUACCUGCCGUAUGACCCUUAGUGAGCGCCCAGAAAAUUGGAGCCCAACAGCUGAAAAUCGUGGAGCUCCUCCCAACCCCAACAUGGCAGAUGCUGGUCCAAAUAUUCCACCUGGAACCACCAAUCACUUUUUCCAUUUUGAUGGUUCUCGUUAUGUGAGCUGGCUUCCAAGUUUCUCAGUAGAAGUAACCCACACAAGCAUUCUACCAGGUCAACAGCUGAGGCUUCAGACAUCCCAGCUUGACAAUAUGCUAAGACAAGUCCAGGCUGUGUUCCCAAAUUAUCCUCAGUCAGCUAUUUUGGAGGAUCUGCGACAGACACGUUCAGUUGAUAUCACCAUUGACAACAUUCUUGAAGGGAGAAUUUUGCCUGGCACAACAGUGACCAACCUAGCUUCCUUGCGAGAUGACAACUUUAAUGGUGUCAAUGCAACAGCUCCUACAGAGCCCACAUCACUUUCACCUGUGGCACAGACAGCGCAGAAAACUCUUCAGACAGGCUUACUGCAGCUUCCACAAGAACUGUCACCAUCUAAUGAAAUCACUUUUUCAAGGGAGAUAGAAGCUCACACAAUAUCAGAAGCUAGUCAGCAGACUGAGACAGAGCAAUCAGCAAGCAGUGCAAUCAACACAGACGAUACAGCAGGAGGGAGUGGACAUACCCAGGGUGGUCGCUUCUCAAAGUCCUCUUCUGAGCGUAUGGCAAUGCUCCAGGAAAGAAAAAAUAUAAUGCUGGAACAGGCGCGCAGGAGGUAUCUGUCACGACACAGUGGAGACACAGAGGAUGAUUUACUGUCUUCAGGAGAAUCGUCACUUUCCUCGUCAUCUUUGCCAAGAGCAAAUUUUAGUGCCAUGGAUGAAGAGAGAGCACGAAGAAGGGAACUCAUGCUUCAAGCCACUCAGCGACGGCUCAACAAUAGCUGAAGAAGUAUUCAGAUGCCAGCCUUACAAGAAAUAAUAAAAAUAAAUAGUAAAGAGUUGCUGUAGAUGUGGGACAGUAUGCUUGUAACUGGCUUUGAUAGGGGAUGGGCUCUUGGCAUUGAGUAAGCUGGUUAUUAAAAAUGCAGUAUAUUUUACCUCGAGGCAUUUCCACUCCAUUAAAUGUCUAUUUUAAGAACUGUAAAUAACGAUAUCCCAAGGGUAUUAGUAUUUUUUGAGAGAUCAUCUCAGUAUGUAUUUUUUUUAAUUACUCGCAUCAAUACUCUGUGCAAUUGCUGUUGCUUUGAGAAAGUUCUCAGCACGAAGGCUGUGUAUAUAAAAUGUGUGUUCUCAAAUAAUCUAGGAUUUAUGGAGUGUACUUGUACUUUCUGUCAUGAAUCAAUUUACUCUGCAGAAACACAAGGAUUUUAAUUUUCGGUUUUUGAAAACUUUUAUUUCAAUCUGUUCUUCAAAAAGUGUGUGAGCUUGGUUGUGCAUACAGAGGCAACCAGAUAUACUAUUAAUAGAAAGUACUGUUUAUGAUAAAAAGUAUCAAUUUUGCUUACUUUGCUGUUUAAUUUUUUUUUUUCUUCCUAUGUUUCUUCCAGAAUUGCAUUGGAAAUGUAUGUUGUUACCUUUGACAUGACCAGUGGUGGUUGAUGUCAUUCCAGAUGAGCUAACCCCACCCCCACCACUCCCCGAGUUUCUAGCUGUUGCUCAGCUGUGCUGAAGCGCAGCCAGAAGUGAGGACAUUCUCGCCCAUGUAUUAAUGCAGUUGUUUUACAAGCACUGUUUGGGUGGCAUUUGCUUGCAGAAUUGAGAACCUGUUUGUUUCUGAUUUUAAGUUAUGAAAUGUAUGUCUAUCCUGAAAUGUUACAAUUCCUGUUUGUUGUCCAUCAUGGGCUCUAGUGGAUGUUCCACUGUGCCCACAGUACUGCUGUUUCCACAUGAUAAAAUGUUAACAUUAAAUUUCAUAAGCUUAGUUA